CCAUGACCGUUAAACGUGGCGGAAUCGCAGCAUCCGACGACGAGGCUUGGGGCUCCGUCUUCGACAUUCGUUACGUUACUUAAGUCGUGAACAGAAUUGUGGUACUCUCCGCCUCGGUCCCGAGCAUAACGAGGCCGUGUGGUUGAGAAGAGAUCGGAUCAUUCGACCGUGGAAGCAUCCGCGAGGAGGCGGCCGGAGGGCGAAGCGAUGUACGGAUUCGAGGCGCUCACGUUCAACGUCCAUGGCGGGUACCUGGAGGCAAUCGUCCGCGGCUACCGCUCUGGCCUCCUCACUGCCGCCGACUACAACAACCUCUGCCAGUGCGAGACCCUCGACGACGUCAAGAUGCACCUUUCCGCAACCGAGUACGGGCCGUACCUACAGAACGAGCCAUCUCCUUUACAUACAACUACCCUUGUGGAGACAUGCACUCUUAGACUUGUGGAUGAGUAUAAGCAUAUGCUGUGUGUCAUGCUCCGGGGGAGUCCCUGUCAGUGGAAAUAUCGGUAGCAUCUCUCUGUAUGGAUGACAAUUUGAAACUUGACUACAAACCCCUCAGGACCCCUCAAUCCUUGGCCAUCACGGUCGGAACAUAUACAAUAAUAUAAACAAAAAAUCCACGCGGUUUAUAAUAAAUCAGCCUCCGGCUGACUACACAACACAUCACAACACGCAGUUAAUUAUAAAACGUACUCCACUACUCGAGGAAAACACAACCCACAACGAAAAAAUCAUCAUAACGGAAAACAAGGGUAGUAGACCAAAACUCAAUAUAAAAUCCACGAG